GAGCGGGCGAGCCGCGUGCUGUGGGAGAGCGAGAGAGGGCGAGCGACCCGGCGACCGGCCGCCGUCGCUGCGCACUGUGCCGCACGAGGGAGAGAUUCGUGACCCUGGACUAUCGUGAUCUAACCUGACCUGACCUGGAGCUCAGUCUGGCCACCAUGGCAAGCUAUGCGCAGUUUGGGUAUCCGUACGCUACUGCCGCGUCGCAGCUACUGAUGCCGGGCAGCCAGCCUACGGCCACGGUGGCCGGCGGCGGCGGCGGCUCCGGCUCGGGCUGCUGCGAGACGGGCCGGCUGGUGGCCGACCCUGUGACCGGUCAGCCCGUCUGCUCGUGUCAGUACGAGUCGAGCCGGUUGGCGGCGCUCAAUUCGUACCCCCGCCUCAGCACCGGGUCGUCCUUGUACGGGGCGGCGGCGGCGGGGUACCCGGCCAGUGACCAGGGACCCUACCCCAGCAUCGGCGUCGACAGCUCCUACUUUGGAUCCCUCAGCAGCCCGUACGGUCUGAAGGACACGCCCGGGACCGACAUGGGCGUUUACGGCGGCCUGGGCAGCACAGCUGGAUACGGAUAUAGCCCUUACGACCCCUCACUAUAUGGGUAUGGAGCUCCGUACGAUCUGGCUGCACGGAGAAAGAACGCCACACGAGAGUCCACCGGCACCCUCAAGGCGUGGCUCAACGAGCACAAGAAGAACCCCUAUCCGACCAAAGGCGAGAAGAUCAUGCUGGCCAUCAUCACCAAGAUGACGCUGACCCAGGUGUCGACGUGGUUCGCCAACGCGCGACGAAGGCUGAAGAAGGAGAACAAGAUGACCUGGGAGCCCAAGAAUAAGACCGAGUCAGAUGAGGAGGCCGAUGAUAGCGCGGCGGACAAGGAGAAGACCGACAAGGAGGAAACCGAUGGGGAGAAAGACUCUGUGCUUGGUAACGACACCUCGGACGCCAUGUCGCCGCUGACCGGGGCAGAAGUCAAAUCGGAGACGCUCUCGCCCACCGACAGCUGGAAGGACAAGGCAGCCGCCGCCGCCGCCGCCGCCUCCCUGGACGACUGCAACGACCCGCAGAAGCCCAAGAUCUGGUCGCUGGCCGACACGGCCAAGUGCAAGACGCCGCCGCCGGCGGGCGGCUGGCCGGCGGCCACUGAGGGGGCCACCACGUUCCCGCUGCCGGCCACCAUCGGGCCCGGCGGCACCCCCUUCGGACGUUACUCGCACCCGAGUCACUCACAGGCGCAGGCGGCCCAGUCGCAGGCUCAGGCCGUCCAGUCGCAGUCACAGUCACAGCCGCAGUCCACUGCGGCCGGCUACCACCACAGCCCGGCCGGCGGCAGCUACGUGGCCUCGGGCGGGGGCGGGGGCGGCUACGGCGGCAUGGCGGCGCCGCCGCCGCCCGGCCUGUCGGCCGCCGGCUACAGCGAGCCGCAGACUGACACGCCGCCGCAGACGCCGCCCAGUCUGAAGCUGGGACAGCUGGCCGGCGGCGGGCUGGCCAAGCUCUCGCAGAUGGGCAGCGGCAGCUCGCUGGCCUACGGCGGCUACCCGGCGGCCAUGUCGUCGGGAGGCCGGCUGUCGAGCGGCCUGGAGCGGCGGACGGACGGCUACUCGACUGGCCACCUGCCCGCCCAGCAGCAGCAUCACUCACACAUGCAGCAGCAGCAACAACAACAUCAACACCAGCAGCAGCAGCAUCAACAAAUGCCGCUAGAUAUGAACUCCUACGCAGCAGCAUACAAAGACGGCAGCUCGGCCUCCAUACCUCCUGCCGAGUACGUGUCUCCCGUGUGAGGCAGGCCGCCUGCCUCCGCCCGUGUGACCUGACCUUGAGCUGACCUCGGGUCGGCCGACCUGUCCACUGAGGGUCUUGGUCGCCAACAACGUGCAAUGCUGGUGGCUACACUUUGGAGCUAUGAGGGUAGCCGGCAGCGUCCUGACCUGACUUUCGGGGUCGUCCUCCAUCGCCACUCUCGCUGAUUGGCUCAGGAGCUGUCCAAUUAGAGCUCGGUGUAUAUCGAUGGUCCCCACUGACCUGUUUGGCUUAUGGACAACAGUGUUGAUGGAUACCUGUUACGUGAAAUCUGUGAUAUGAUACUUUUUUAGAUUGGCGACUAGCCCUACUACGCAUACGUAAAUUUGAGCUGUAAGAUAGACGCAUAGCUUUAGAUUAUUGCUGGAUUUGACUGUAACUGAACGAUACGUAGCUAUGCGUGCAAUUGGGUCUGUUCCGCAGUUGUUUUACGUUGAUUGUGCCAACGUGGUGUGUCCGCGUUACAUCACCCCUGGACGGAGCUUGUUUGCAGCGCGCUUAUCUUCUUCUCCCUCUAGCCUGACAGCGAGCAUUGUGGUAAUGAAAACGGUCUUAUGUCAACCUAGCUGUUUGCUACACUUUUGUGACAUCGUGUGAAUCUGGCCCGGUGUUUAAUUCUUGGAAGCAAAUGUAUCGGAAGUGUUCUGUUAUUGCUUCUAAGUUUAAGGUGUGUUGCAAUUACAGCACAUUGGAUCUCUCUCUCUCUCUCUCUCUCUCUCUCUCUCUCUCUCUCUCUCUCUCUCUCUCUCUCUCUCUCUCUCUCU